CUUUUUUCCUCUCCGUGUCUGACGGCGACUUGGGAGGAAAGGCACCACACGCGACCGGCAGCACACCACCAAGUGCCAAACUGCAGUCCGCGUCUUUGUCCACGACCGGGUCCCGGCACGCACCGCGAACCUCACCCGGGUUUUCGAACCCAAUUCCAGCUCCAGAGCAUCGCCCAUGAAGAGGUUACGACUCGACCGAUGGACGGGCCAGUUGCUCGUGGCUCGCCCCGGAGCUUCGCCGGUCUCGACUUCCUUAGCCGCUUUCCGACCUGCAUCUGCUCCUAGAUGCGCCGCCGUGCGGCAUCAAUCCACAGCCGCAACACCAUUUACGGAAGAUAGUAUCCCGGACGACCAUGACGGGACAGAUCACACACGCUUUCCUCCCCUCGAGAAGCUCCCUCCGCGAUCAACCAGUCUCCCAUCUCCACUACCCGAGCGGGCGCUGCAGUCGCCGAAAUUGGCCGCUCUGCAUGCCCGGUUAUCCCUUUCUCAAAAGCUUCCUCUCCAGACGCUCGCACGAGCGCUGGUUGACGCCUCAGCCGACAAGAACCCCCAAUUCAACAAUUCGAACCUCGCUUUUGUCGGCAUGACCCUUAUCAACUACCACGUCGCCGAGUGGCUCAUGUGCCGGUUUCCGCGCCUGCCCAUGGAGGUCUUGUAUAGCGCCAUGAAGGCCUAUGCCGGCCCCACGGCGCUGCACCAAGUAGCACGGUCAUGGGGCAUCGAGUACGCCGCCGCGCCAGGCGGUGAGGUUGACCCGGGCCUGCUGCAGUUCUCGCUGAAGGAAAGGGGCGAUGCCAUGACAACCUUUGGCUACAAACGCGCAGAGGCCGAAUACCUCGACAAGUACAAGUUCCGCCACGGCAUCAGCAGCCGCGUGGUGCUCGACGACGACUUUGGCGAGACGGUCCACAACCGGCUGAGCAACGAGGCCCUGGCCGCGCGGCCCGACACCGAGUACGGCAACGAGCUGACGCGGUCGCUGGCCGAGAUGGCCUUUGCCACGUGCGCGCGGGCCAUCGUCGGCGCCAUCUACGCGCACUGCGGGCGCGAGACGGUCAAGGACUUUGUCAACGCGCACGUGCUCUCGCGGACGCUCGACAUAUCUAAACUCUUCAGCUUCAGAAAGCCCACGACGGAGCUCUCGCUGCUGUGCGCCCGCGAGGACUUUGAGCCGCCCGUCGCCCGCCUGCUCUCCGAGACGGGUCGCCUCUCGCGCACGCCGGUAUUCGUGGUCGGCAUCUACUCGGGCAACGACAAGCUCGGCGAGGCGGCCGGCUCCACCCUCGAGCAGGCCCGCUACAAGGCCGCCACGAACGCUCUUAAAAGCUGGUACCUGUACAGCCCCGGCGAACACGUGCGCGUGCCCAGCGACAUGCUGAGCGAGGGUGCUAAGCCCUGGGAGCCCGUGUACAUGGAUAUUGGUGAGAUUAUUGCGCGGUAAAUGGGCUCGGUCGAGGUGGCAGAGGCUGCGAAGCUCCGAAAUCGAUGCUGCAGAGCAGCGCUCGAGGGGUGAGAAGGAGAGCGACGGGAUAGAAUUUCCCUUCUUCCACGUUCUAGCACGGGAAAGGGAAAACACAUAUUGUACGAUUUAGCACAUCAGGACAUCCAUCUGCAUGGGCUGGCAACGCGGCGCUUCCCGGGCGCGGUUGAUUUAUGGAUGGAGUUGGGGAGAGAGACACGAGACCCGCCUCUCAGGCCGUGUCAGUGUAGUAGUCAGUGUAUAUGUAUAGUAUUUUACCAUACUACUAGAAGGCGCCACGUAGAAACAAUGUAUCUC